AGAGACAGGAUUCAACAACAACAAGCUAUUGAACGCAUCUCAAGUUGCGGAGCUCUGAAGAUUGAGCCUGCGAUCGGACCGUGAAGGCAGCACCAAACUCUUCUGCAGGGCUACUUGUUAAUCGUGACAGAGCGGCAGAGUUCAGUUACGGAUGCAGGAAGGUGUGAUCUUCAAUCAAAACCCUGAGGAAAAUCUGUAUCACAUAAACGGGAAACUUCUGCGAUUCCAUCUGUGGAUGCAGCAUCCUUUUUACAUCUGUAAGCCUUUACUUUUUGGUGUUUCAAUAAUUAUUUGUAUGUGAGCGUUGAUGUAAAGGGCAGCGCCGGUGUGACCCAGACAUGGCUGAGGCACCCCAACCACAGGUACAGCCUGUCGAUACUGACCCGGACUUUGAGCCCCUCACCCGCCCGCGGUCCUGCACCUGGCCGCUACCCCGGCCGGAUCUCGUCGACCCCGCCGGGUCCAACACAUCCUCCCCGGCGCCGUCAGUGCAGCAGGAGUCGGGAGGAAACGCAGAGUUUGUCAGCAACCUCGGCUUGCUGGAAGAGAACUUUAAAGAAUACGCCGAGGAGAAACCCCAUUGCAAUGUUUUUCAUCAUCACCACCAUCAUCAUCAUCAUCAACUCCAGCAGCAGCAGCUGCCAUGUCCGCAGCUGCCGCCUCAGCAACAGGUGUCUCCUUCAGGGGUCCCAUCCUUGGGCGCUUCCGGCCAGAGGAAGAUCAGCUCGUCCCGUCGCAACGCCUGGGGCAACAUGUCCUACGCGGACCUCAUCACCAAAGCGAUUGACAGCUCACCUGAGAAGAGGCUGACCCUGUCCCAGAUUUACGACUGGAUGGUCAAAAGUGUGCCCUACUUCAAGGAUAAGGGAGACAGCAACAGCUCUGCGGGCUGGAAGAACUCCAUCAGGCACAACCUGUCCCUGCACAGCCGCUUCGUGCGCUUACAGAACGAGGGGACAGGAAAAAGCUCCUGGUGGAUGCUUAAUCCCGAAGGAGGAAAGAAUGGAAAGUCACCUCGACGCAGAGCUGUCUCCAUGGACAACAACAACAAGUUUGUCAAGAGCAGAGGAAGAGCCACUAAGAAAAAGAUGUCUUUACAGGAAGCCAUCGAGGGGGAAGGAAGCAGCCCUGGCUCUCAGUACUCUAACUGGCUGGGAAGCCCAAACUCCCACAACAAUGAGGACUUUGAAGCCUGGAGCUCCUUCAGAACACGUACCAGCUCCGACGCCAGCACUCUAAGUGGACGCCGUUCACCAUUCCCUUUGGAGCAGGAGGAUCUUGUGGAGGCUGACGGACACAUGUUGUUUCCCGCAGCGUCCGGGACCAAGAUAACCUCCGCCCUUCCCAGCCUGUCAGAGGUGUCUGGAUCCAUGUGCCAGCAUGGGUCAGAGCGGGUCAUGGAGAGUUUGCUGGAUAACCUCCACCUGCUGUCUCCCAAAGCCCCCCAGCUAGGCUCGGACUCUCCACAUUCCUCAAACACUGCCAGGCUUCAGUGCACCUCAUAUAGCUCUUCUGGCUUGAGCCAGGACUUCAAUAAGUCAAUGUACAGCCAGGUUAGGCUGAACUCCCUGUCCCCUGUUCCCAUGCAAACACUUCCAGAGAACAAGCCUGGCUUCGGAGUUUAUGAGAACCAGUAUAUCUCUCCAGCAGGGCUCCUCAAAGAGCUACUGACCGCUGAUGCAGGCACCAGUAGGGACAUAGUGCCUUGCAGUGACAGAAGAAUGUCUGACACUGGCAGGGUAAGUGGUCUCAUGUCCGCUUACAGCAGUCACAACCACAUAGGGGGUCAUACUGGUAUUAAAAUGAUAAUCCCCCCUCAGAGUCACACAGGACUACAUGUAAACCCACAAACUAUACAAAGCCAUGGUCCUGCUCCCUCAAGAGACUUGAAUACUUGUAAUAUGAUACCCCUGACUAGUCUGACUAGUCUCUCAGGGGCCCCUCAACGACUGAACAGGCUGAGGACAUGUAUGCAGCCUCCUCAAGGACAUCCAGCACACACUAAUGACUUUUCAGCAAGCUACACCAACAGCUACAUGGAACUAAACUCAGUUCAACCUCACAGCCAUCAUCAGGAACGGUUGCCAAGUGACCUAGACAACAUGUCCAUCGAGAAGUUGGAAUGUGACCUGGAGACGGUCCUCCAUGACACCCUGAUGGACGGUGGGGCUCUAGACUUCAAUUUUGACCCCGCAGCUGGACCUCAUGGGUUUCCCCAGAGGGUAAAGAACACCACGCACAGCUGGGUGUCAGGUUAGGAUGCUUAAGAGGAAGAGAAGGAGGUGGAAUUAGCUCCAUCUUGGUUGGCAGCACACAAGAGAAAUGUGUAAAUAAAAAAAAUCAUAAUUUUCUACACAAAAUGACUAUGAAAAGCAUGUCUCUAUUGUAGAUGUAGCUUACCACUGUCAGUGUGUGAAUGUGUGUAUGAAUGGGUGAAUGACCGAUUGUAGUGUCAAGCGCUUUGGGGUCUCUGGGGACUUGAUAAAGCACUAUUCAGGUUCAGGCCAUUUACCAUUUACCAUAGAUCAUUGCAGAACUAUUUGGAAGACAUCCCUGCAUAAGCCAAGAAAUAAGUCUUAUGUACAAAUAUUAGUUAAAAAUGAAAACAGAUAUAGUUUAUUUUUACACUGUUAAAUACAAAAAGUCUGAAGAAAUCACCUGGCCAUAUAAGUCAUCUUCAUAAAAUGAAUGAUUUGUUUUCAAUCUGAGCAACACUGAUUUAGAGUGAUCUGUUCAGCAGUUGUUUGUCCAGUAAUAAGAACUACAGGGACUUUGAAGCAAAUACAGGAAACAAAAGUGCAGAAUUUAAGGUUUCAUCAAAAGGACUUGAAAAUGUUAUUCUAAAUAAAAUCUUUCUGGAUAUGAUUGACCAAUAGAUGAUGGUGGAAUUUAGCUGUACAUCUAAAAAUGUUAAGUAUCCAGAUGUGCAGAGAGGUAACGUUAUUAUUUCCUGCAACAUAUGUGGCAUCUCAAAGCAUCUCAAAGCUGUGGCCACACACUUUUUGACAUAGCUGGAAAUCAAAUUACAUAUUUUACACUAACAGUAGCAGAGAAGGGUAAAGCUUGAGUGUUCUUAUUUGUGAGCCAUUUAAAAGCAAGGCAGGUAUGGGGGUAAGUGGUGUUUAACAGAUGAGGUGGAGGUUUAUUCUAAUCAGAGCCUGCAGGAAGUUGACGACCGGCUCAAUGAUGCUUUUGCCAUGACCCAAGUGUAAAGUGGGGACAUGGACUACCCAUACUAUGGAAGCACAUGCACUGGAUAGGGGAAUAUUGUUAAUAUUAUUUAGAACCCCCUGUUGCAGAUACUUUACAACCUUCAUUGAGGGAAACAACAAAUUCGCGAGUCUUUGGAAAGCCAGUUACCAGCAGCAGAACCUUUUUUUUGAAACAGCCAAGCAGGAGCAGAAUAUCUGAAAUCACCUCAGCAUUUACAUUCUGUAUGAAGGUAUUUCUAUAAUCAUUUUCUUGGAUUAUACAUGGUAGAUUCCUCCUUGUCCCGAGCUGCUGUGUAAAUGUAUGUGAAUAUGCUGUGUACAAAAGGAUGAGUUGUAUUAGAGUUGCUGUUUUUUCAUUUAUAUCAAACUUCUCACAACAAAGGAUAUCACAGAAACAGAAGAAAUGCCACCCUGUAUGUUUUAUAUAUUUUUUUAAAGUUACAUAUCUUUCAACCAAUUGUGACUGUUAUUCUUAUAUGUUUAUUAAUGUUUUUAUGUAGUAAAUAAUACAUUUUGUUUUUUCUCAAUAAUGGUUAUCUUGCUAAAAGGCCUUCUUAGACAAACUGUGGAUUUAAAUUUAAUUCCAACAUUUUAAUGUCUUUCUAAAGAAAUGAAGGUUUUUAAAAGGCUAAUGAUGGAAUGCCUGUUUCAUAUAGUGAGAAAACAGAUGUUUAUGAUUGGAUGGUCAUAUUCAUAAAACUAGAUAAGGCUAACCAUUGUUCAAUCAUUAUAAUAAAGGAUGCAGUGCUGAUUAAAUGUUGCACCAAAUACUUGCUCAACUAAACCUGAAGAUGAAUGCCUCUCCUCUGUGCCUUCACUGUCUUACAGACGUUAAAUCUUGUAAAGGCUGUAAUUUCAUUGGUGUUUGUGUUUUGUAUAUGAGCUCUAGCAACAGUACUUCUCACUUAACUGGAACAUAGUUAAAUAUGUAUCAGACAGGUUGUUUACAUAUUUCAGUCCAAACUAUAGAAAUGUAUAUAUGACCAUCAUACCUCGAAAUGUUUUACCUCUGAAGUAUUGAAGAGAUUUUACAGCUGUAUCCUCAAUAAGUCAGGUUCUGACUUUGCACUCAUUUUUCACUUAUUGUAUUGAAAAAUUGCAUGGUUUUCUGUCUUAUUUUUUGAUUAUGAGAUUUAAGUUACAUUUGUGCUAGAGUGAGGCGUCAUGGUAUUUAUUCUGCUUAUAGGAUUAUAGCCAUCAACAUUUAAUAAAUACUUUGUGGUGUAAUAACUUAAAAUCAAUUGUCAUUUGGUGUGAAAUCAUACAUUUCUAUUGAUCUUCAACCUGUUGAAAGGUGUCUUGUUAAAUUUGGAACUAUUUAACAAAACUUCACUCAAGAUUUGUUGAAACCUUUAACAUUCAUUAAGGUAAAGAAAGAUUUUAAGAUGUAAUCUUUAACAAUAUUUUAUUUGGAGGCAAUUAAUAUAAACAUUUUAAAGCCUCUACAUUCAGUUAUCUUUGAAAGAUUGAUGUUUUUGUUUAUAUCAUUCCAUAUUUAAACCCUUCUUGCUAAUAAAUGAAAAAAAAAAAUUC